AUGAUUCCACAGCAGCAGGAGGGCACUGAACAGCACUGGCAGCAAGUUCUACAGCUGUUGGCUCACCCCAGCAAAGCACAGCAGUUGGCUUGUUUGUCAGAGUUACAGCAGUGGCUAUCUUUUGCGACUGAUGAGCAACUGGGAACCUUCCCACUACAGCGUGUGCUGUAUGCGCUGUUCAUGCUCCUCCAAGGGAGGACUAGCAGCACACAUGCUGCUGGCGGUCCUACCCCUGAUGCACAUCUUGCCACGGAGACAGCAGCAGGAGAGAGCGAAGAUGCAGGCUGUUCAGAACAUGCUAGAGCUGCCGUUGCGAGUGAAGGGAUUUCUCAAGAGGCGUAUGAUGAGCAACUGGCUAGGGAGCUAGCUGCUGUGGGUGACGAUGACAGCUUGCUUACACAGAAGGACCUGCUGAUUGGCUCCUGUAUAUACUUGUUGCUCGACGUUCUGCCUUUGCAAACUGCAGCGAUCAUCGCGCGAACCCCUGAGUACAUGGAGGCGCUUAAGCAUCAGUUGACCAACCUGCAGUACAUAGAUACUGGAGAGCGUUUUCUUCUCAUUCUGUGCCGCUUAGUUGAUGAGCAGCCCUUGCUGUCUUUUCUUUUUGGAGCAGCUGCUGCCCUUCUCCCCAUAUUAGACUUUUUCCAGCUGGACAUACAGCGCAGGGCCGUCCGUGCUGCAGCGAAGGCGCUCGCCGCUGCUGCUGCUGCAACGGAAAAAGCCGCAGCUGCUGCAGCAGCGGAUGCUGCCAUUCGGAAGCGCUCGCUCUCCUUCCUUCAGAAUCAAGAACAGCAGCAGCAGCAGCAGCAGCAGCAGCAGCAGCAGCAGCAGCAGCAGCAGCUCAGCAUGCAGCCCCCGACUGCAGCAACAACGGCAGCGAGCGGCAGCAGCGGGAGUAGCAGUGGCAACAGUAAAUACACCGCGCUGCGGGACCAAGUGCAGCAGUUACUGCAGCAGGAGCAGCAGCAGCAGCGGGAGCUGCAGGAGCAGCUAGAAGACUACAGAGACCUCAUCUCUCCGACGCUUCCGUUCUUUUCUUCCCUCCUGUCUUACAAGGACGAAACUUUGUUGCAAGGGGCCUGUCAGAUUUGGCGUUCUAUUGUAACUGUUUUUGUCUGCAUGCACACGGCAGCAGCCGCUUCUGCUGCUGCCGUCGCUGGCUUGGAGUUCGCCGCGGCUCGAGCUGUAGAUCCAACAGCAGAUGGUGACGAAUGCAGCACGCCGCUCAGCGCAGCUCCUCAGCAGCACGCCGAAGGAGAUGAGCAGUGGUUCGCUGCUUGCCAAAGUGCCUAUGCAGCGCGUAUGAAGCUGCUAGCCAGUGAACUGACUGCUGCGGGAGCAGGAGCAGCGGUUGCGCUGCAGGGUUUGAUUGCGAAUGCAGUUGCUAACAGCAGCAGCAGCUCCCUUGCCUGGCAGCAGCAGCUGAUGCUACAAGAUGGAUUCUAUGUGCUCUCCGUCUUUGCCGCCUACUCGGAUGCUGUUGCUGCUGAGCUGCUGCAGCAACAUACCCGAAGUACCGCAUUUCACGAUGCCGCCAAGAGACUGGUUCAGAAGCAAGAGAUGCUGUUGCUUGAGGGCAUUGCGGCGUUUGGGGUGUCUCUGCUGCCGUCAGUGCGCUUCCAGAGACCUCUUCUGGUGCAGAACGUGCAGCAUCAGCCUCUGCCUCGUAAACAAGUCGACGAAGAAGCAGCAGCUGCCGCAGAUGUACUGACGGUGGAUGAGAGCCGUGCUGCUGUCUUCUUUGAGUCUCCUGAGCUCCUUGGUCGCGCUUUGCAGACUAUGGCAGCGCCUCUGCUACCCCUGCUGGAGUCUUCAGUAACCACGCAUCUCUGUCGCUUCGUAUUGCAGCUGUUACUUGCCGCUGCAUGCACAGCAGCAAGCGCGCAAAACAAGCAGCAGCAACUGAAGGACCAACUGCUGCAACACAUUGAUCUUAAAACCCUCGGAGAAAUCUGCGCGCAUGCCUUGCACAGAAAACUUCCGGCUGCCGUUACUUUUGUCGUCCUGAGCCUCGUACUGCAGCUGCUGUUGCAGCACGGAGAAGCUGCAGCAGCAGCGCUGCGGGCGUCAGGUGUAAGAGAUCGCAUAGAAGAGGAUUUUGAGGACCUUAACUGCAGCAACAACUCGUCGAGCGAACGCGAACUCCUGCCUCAGACCUUCUCCGAUCCGGCUGCAGAGGCUUCUUUUCGCACUGUCUGCAGGGCAGCAGCAACGGCAGCGGCAGCAGCAGCAGGCGAGUCUGUAGCCUCCCUUGAACUCUCGGAUUUGCUGCGGCGUGCUCGCAGGGCUUGUCUCUCGCUGUUUGCCCAGCACCAGCAGCAGCUGUUGCAGCGGCAGGAGCAGCAGCACGUGUCUCCCCGAAGCCUUAUAGCGCCGUGCAGCACGCAGCUGCAUCUGCAGCAUGUGGCCUCCUACUUGCUGCAACAGGAGCCGCAGCUGCCUGAACACACGAAGCAGCAGCAGCAGUGGGCAGCCUUGGUCGAGCUGCGGAAGCUGCUCGAGGCUCCCCAGGGUGUCUCCGCAUGUGACCUCAUCAGCUCGCGACUAGCCAGUGCUCUUCAUGGCUACCUCCUAGGCUCCAGCAGCAACAGCGCGAGCUCUGGCUCUCGUGCCUCUACGUAUUGCUGCAGCAAUUGCCAGAUCAAGCCUUCGCAUCUCCGGCAGCGCGGACUCCUCUUUCUGCGCUGUUUCCUCUUCCCGCUGACUGAGGAGCCGCCUCAGCAGCGAGGGCUUCUUCUGGAGGGUGUCGAUUGGUCUGCUGCUUCUCCUGACGCGCUGCUGCGGCUGGCGACGCUUGCAGCCAAGUGCCUGAGUCGCGUCGAGCAGUUUCUCGUGUUGCCGCAGCAGCUCCCUUCUGCAGCUGCAGCCGCACGCGACGUGCUGCCUCCCCAUUUGCGAGCUUUGCAGCCUGCGGGGGCAGCUGGGGUGUCCAGACACCAGCUGUAUCGAGGGGGUGUGUCGGUUCUGCAGCAGCGGCCUCGAGGAGGCGGAGCUCCUCGGGGGAUUCGCGCCUUUUAUCAGCAGCAGCAGCAGCCCUUGUCGCAGCAUCCGGGGGAACUCAGACGGCAGCAGCAGCUGCAGCAGCAGCUCCUGCAGCAGCCUGAUCCCCUCCUGGUGAUGCAGGAUCUGCAGCGAGAUAUCCUGGUAGUGGCUCGUGACAUGAGCAGCGAUUCAGCGUCAUCCCCGACCCACGCCAGUGCUGCGGCUGCCCAAGCUUCUCGCCGUGUCGCGCAGACUGCCGACUCGCCUGCUGUAUCUUCCACCGCUGCUGCUGUCGUGCAUGCAGCAGCGGAAACUGCAGCAUUGGAAACUGCGGCAUUGGAAACUGCAUCGGAAGCGUUGCAAACGGGCAUAAGGCCCUCGCGAAGGAGAUUUCGGAGUCGCACGGGGGGGGGGCGGCGAUCUCCUGCAGCGGAUGCUCCAGCAGCAGCGCAGCAGCCCGUUGCUCGCAGCAUGCGGUCGAAGGCAACCGCGAAUGCCAUUGCAGCGGGCAAUACCAUCGGCAGCAACAGCGGGUGUAGUGGUGGAAACAGUAGCGGGGGCUGUUUGACAAAGCGUCGCCGUGGGCAGCCAGGGAGCAGCACCAGUAACACCCCCCCACCUCCACUUCCCGGCACAGAGGAGGCGUCUGCAGGGGUCUUGCGGGGAGAUAAAAAAGGAGGAGGACGUGGCUUGAGCACGAUGCAGCAGCUGCAUCAACUUGUCUUCCAACAUCGCAGGGGCGAUAUUCUUGGGGAGUUGCUUACGUGGGGUCGUCGAUUUACAGGCAGCUGCGGCGGAAACAACAGCAACGCGCUCCUGGUGGACUGCAAAGCUCCUUUGUCACGCGUAGAAUCUGAAAUAAAACGAGCAGUGCAGCAACAACGGGCUGCUGAGCGGCUGGGGCAUCGGAAGCCGCAGCAGCAGCAGCAGCAGCAGCAGCAGCAGCAGCGAAAGCAGGACGAAACUGAAAGCAGCGGAAGCGCGGGAGGAGCUUCCCUUAGGCGGCAGGGAGGGUGGGGGACCCCCCGAAGACGUGAAGGCAGGGAGGCAUCUGCUUCAGGAGAUCAGGAGCAGAGACAGGAGCAAGAGCAGAGACAGGAGCAGGAGCAAGAGCAGAGACAGGAGCAGGAGCAAGAGCAGCGACAAAAGCAGGAGCAAGAGCAGCGACAGCAAAAUGAGGAGGAGGAAGAAGAAGACCCUUCAGCCGGCAACGACUUGAUGGAUAUUGACACCCACCUCAGGACAGGCAGGCGAGCGGCAGACGGCAUGCGCGGAUUGAGGGGUAGCGUCGUUAGCGAUGAGGAAAUCGUUAGCAGCAGUGGAAGCACCAGCAGCGACGAUGAGGGCGCUGCCUUGAUCUUUGAGGGGGCAGACCUUGGAGACAGCAGCCACAGCCACAGCAGCAGCUGCAGCAGCAGCACCAGCAGCGGCAGCAGCGAAGACGAGGGGGAAGCGAAUACAGCCACGGUAGUACAGGAAGAAUCCUUGCUGAGGGAUGAUAAUGAUGCAGCAAGUCAUUCGGCAGAACGUCCUCCGGCUGCAGCCGAGACAGAGCUUGCUGAAGACGUUGGCUUGGAGUCGCAAGACAUUCCACAUGUUUGUACGGCAUCCAGUGUGGAUGCCAUUCAGCUGUACAUUCGCUCCGUGCCUGUGCCGUCACAGAUGCCCCUUAUAGAGGCCCUCGCAUUGUAUGAAGGCUGUGUGGCUCUCCCUAGAAGCAGCAGCGCGCGAAUCGGUGGCAGUGGUGGGUGGUAUUCCUCUGCAACUGCUAGCACGACACACCGCCGCUUGCAGCAGAUGCUUGAGAGGGGCGGCAACACGUUCGAAAUGCUGCUCUCGACCACGCUGCUGGCAGACUUCCUCCCAAGUAGCAGCAAUAGUCUGAGACAGCGCAGGCACGGCGAGGCGUUGCUAGGCAGGAGCAACGGCUCCGGCAGCAGCAGCAGCAGCAGCAGUGGCCCCAGCAGCAGCAGCAGCAGCAGCAGCAGCAGCAGCAGCAGCAGAACCGCUGCGGGUGUCUCUGAGGAGGAACUUGCUGUUCCCCGUGUAUUCGCUUCUGCCCCUGCAGCGCGUGCUUAUCCAGAAAACAAAGGCGGCAGCGGCGACGACCUCUUAGAGGUGGAUAUGAGUGGACGUCUGUGCAUUAUGACUGAGGAAAGUCUCGGGACUGGGAGCCAUUCAAAGGGCGGAGCGAAAGCGGCAGAAAAACAGGAAGUUGAGACGCCACGCAGUAACAACUCCCUCUGGGAGGUAGCGCACACCAUCGAUUACAGGGUGCUGCCUGCAGUUCUGAAAAGCAGCAGCAGCAUCCCUGGCGGCAGCAGCAGCACCACUGCCUCCUCCUCUCCUGAUCUAGAAGGCCUUCGACUUGCGCGAAACUCGCCGCUUGUUGCUUCGGUUGUGCAUCCAGCUUUGGCUGCAGAGCGCUUGCUGCAGCAGCUGCAGCAGCAGCAGCAAGAAUCGUUGCUGUCUGAUCCGUGCAGUCAGAGUGAGCAGCAGCUCUUGGAGCAACCUCAAGAUCACCCCGAGCAGCAGCACGCAUUGGAGGACCUGGCGUGCUGGUGUGUAUCGCGAGCAUAUCUAGAGACUGCGUCAUCUGCGAGGUACCUCUUCGGGGAGUGCAACAGCUGGCAUCGCAAAGACUUGUUGCUGCAAGCCGCUUCUGACGAGGCAGCGCCUCUUUUCUACGGGCUGCCUUCUGCGACCGUCUCUGUCUCCCGCUGCCUCGAUGGCAAUAGCAGCUUUCGCUGCACUGGCUGCGGGAGUGAAUUGAGUGUCGAGGCUGCAGUUGGGGCAAAGGCCUCUGCUGCAAGCCUUCCGGCAGCAAGUGCUUCGCCUUCUGCUGCCGUGCCUGCUGCAGCGGGUGGAAAUCUGGUGUUGCCAAGCGUCUUCAGCGGGGCAGCGGCAGAAGCGGCGCCUUUUGUUAUCUUGCUGCUGUACUUGCACAACCUUCUUCAGCACUUGCCGACUCUGCGCGCAUACGCCUGCAUCGCCAGCAGUUGCUGCAGCGGUGGAAGCACGGAGCAGUCACCAGAGGACACGAAGGAAGCGGCAGCAGCGACUCUCUUCAGAGCUGCAGCCUCAGCUCGUAGCCUCUCCGCGCAUCCUUUAGGUCUUUGCAGCUACAGCGCAACUGCAGCGGCAACUGCAGCAGCAGCAGCAGAUAUCGCGUGUUGGAGCAGCGUUGCUACAAAGGCUGGGGCUGUCUUGGCAGAUCCUGUGACUGCCGUUACCAGCAGCAGCAGGACCCCUUUCUGGCUCAAGAGGCUGAUGUUUUCAUGCCCCUUCCUCUUCCCGCUGCAGCUCCGCGUCUUGCUGCUGCUACAGCAGCAGCUGGGCAGCCUGCGAGGACAGCACAUCUAUCGCGUCAGGCUGAAAGAGGCAGCUGAGCUUUUGCUAGGGCAGCGCCAAGGCGGCAAUAACACCAGUGCUGCACAGCCUCUGUUGCACCUGCCAGCGGCUGGAAUAAGCAGCAGCAAGGCUCUGCUACUGCAGCGACUGAGGCCAGCGCUACAGCUGCAAGGCGCUGCAUCUGGCGGCAGCAGCAGCAGAAGAGAGCAGGAAAUACUAGCAGACUUGGAAGGAGGCGCUUCAUUACCUCGGACGAAGGUUAAAAUGCCGCGUUCCCACCUUACUGAAAGCGCUGCCAAAGUGAUGGAUCACUUGUUGGCUAGCAGCCGUAGCGUGGAGGAGCAGCCUCUUUUGGAGGUUGAGUUUGCGGGGGAAGAAGGAGUUGGUCUUGGUCCUACCAACGAAUUUUACGCUGAGGUUUUGGAGUCCGUGCUGACGCAUAAAGAUCCGGAGCUCUUUGUUAGCUGCAGCAGCAGUGGGGGUUUGUUUCCGCGAGCCUAUAUCACCGACCUUUCGCUUAUUCCAGUAGAGAUGGUUCGUCGCCCCCGUGUUUCUCCUCUGAUGAUGCAGCAGUCUCAGCAGCAGCAGCGCUCCAGUAGGGCAAGCACUCGGCUAGCGGGCAGCGUAGCCUCCCCUCCUGGAGAAGCGGAGAACAUGGAAGAGGAUGGGGGCUCCCUCAGCAGGAGCAACAGCGGCAACUUCUCCCCGCAUCAAGACGCGGUGGCUGCAGAGGCGGCGGCGAGUGCAGGCUGGGGGGAUUUGGAACGCGAGCUGUUCAAGCAUUUCCGCCUUCUGGGGCAGCUGGCAGCAAAGGUCCUCCUAGACGGCCGCAGCAGCACCACCGACACGGGUCUGCAUGCGCUCUUCUGGGAAGCUGUAGCGCGUCCACUCCUGCAACAGGAACGCCUUAGGCCUUGCAGCUGCAUGCGGCCCCUUACGAAAGCAGAAGCCGACGUAGCUACGGGAGCGCAAGAAGCAGCAGCGUUGCGGUUAGGUGUCUGCAGAUGCGGUUCGACGAUCGCCGCUAUCUCCGCCGUCGCAGCAGUAGACGAGGCCCUUGCCAAGUCGCUGCAGAAGAUGAUGCAGCACAGAGCUGCAGGCUUCGAAGUGGCGGAUUUAUCGUGCUUUUUUGUCCUCCCUCACGCUGGAGGAGGCCCCCUUCUUGCUGGUUGCGGGGAUGUGCUGGUCCGUAAUGCUUCGCUAGACUUUUUCAUUCAACGCCUUGCCUUCGUCUUACUCUUCGAGGGCAUCUUUCUACAGGCUUCUGCUUUUCGCUUGGGCUUUGGAUCUUUUUGCCCCCUCUCCGCCCUUUCUCCACUGCUGCCUCUAGAAGUUUCCUCAGUGUUGUUUGGAGAUAGAGAGCGAACUCGGCAAGACCACUACUGGACCCUCGCACACCUCCGGGCACACAUUGCACCGGAUCACGGGUUCACAACGUCGAGUGUAGUGUACGGCCACUUUCUGGAGGUCCUCGUCGAAUUUAAUUCGGUGCAGCGUGCGGCUUUUCUCAAGUUUGUUACCGGUUCGACCAUCCUUCCUGCAGGGGGCUUCGCUGGCUUUAGACCGCUUAUGAAGGUGGUAAGGAAGCUGCCGACGUCUGGAAGCGGAGGCAGCGACGGCUUGCUGCCUAGCGUUAUGACCUGCAGCAAUUACAUCAAGCUGCCGGACUACUCCUCCAAACAAAUCCUAAAAGAAAGGCUCCUGCUAGCCUUGGCUGAGGGGCAAGGCGCCUUUACACUGUCCUAG